GUAGCCCCACCUUUAGUUUGGCAAUGUGUUGCAUAUUCGCUAUAGCCUUGAGGUUCUGCAAAAGUACGUGUGUGGGCCUGCAGGUUUGACUGCACAUAUCGCACGUCUGAGCCGCAAACUGAACGAGUGUAGAGACAACGGAAACUUGACAAGUAGUGAACUUUUUGCAUGCAACAUUACAUCCGCUGAAUCCUCAUGGCGUGACCCCAUUAUAUCAAUGAUGAUAUUAAGUAGCCCCUCCAGAUAUCUUUAAAGCCACACAUCAUUUGGAGACCCUCCAAUGCAGUAGUUAUCCUUCACCAACUGGAGCAGCGCCCUCCUAAUCGGCCUAAACCCAAGAUGGCCACGCCGGCAUCCGCCUCGCUCUCCACGCCGGGGUCAACGGGGGUCAAACUGCCGUCCAAUCGCAGUGCCUCGGGCGCCCGGCGGAGACGCACGCGCUGCAGGAAGUGCGAGGCAUGCGUGCGGACGGAGUGUGGCGAGUGCCACUUUUGCAAGGACAUGAAGAAGUUCGGCGGUCCGGGACGCAUGAAGCAGUCAUGCAUCAUGAGGCAGUGCAUUGCGCCGGUCCUGCCUCACACGGCGGUGUGUGUAGUGUGCGGGGAGGCGGGGAAGGAGGACACGCUGGACGAGGAGGAGGAGAAGUUUAACGCCAUGCUCAUGGAGUGCUCCAUUUGCAACGAGAUCGUUCACCCCAACUGCCUGAAGGUGAAGGACGUGGCCGGAGUGGUGAACGACGAGCUACCCAACUGCUGGGAAUGCCCUAAAUGCAAUUACGCCGGAAAAACGGGAAAAGUCGUCAAGCAAAAACGGGGACCAGGGUUCAAAUACGCGUCCAACCUGCCUGGAUCGCUGCUGCGGGAGCAGAGGCUAGGCCGUGAGGCGCGGGACGACGGGGACCAGACGCCCUCUGCCUCCUCCACCGGAGGCGGUGUCGGAGUUGCCCUCGGAGCCACCGGGCUCUCCCCUGCAGGAGCUCUGGGUGGAGCGUCCUGCACCGCCACCAUCUCCUCCUCUUCCUCCUCCUCCCUGAGCCUGAAGAGGAAGAGCGAGCGAGAGGACGCGCCCAGGCCCCGAACGGACGAGUCCUCGGGCCCACACACGGGCCGCCUGCCCCCGCUGCUCACGCCCAGCGGCCUGCCCCGUCCGCGGCCCGAGAUCCCGGCCUUCCUCAGGAAGAAGAGGAAGCUGUUUGAAGAUGACGACGAAGAGGAGCAGCAGGAAGAUGCCAACGCCAGGAGGAAGAAGAAAACCUGGCGUGAUGAUCCCCUGAUCCCCAGACUCUCUCAGGUCAAGAAAGAGGACGAGGAAGACGAAGACGAAGAAGAGGAGGAGGAAGAACACUCCGAGAGAGAGCAAGAGGACGAAGAGGACGACGACAAACUCACAGUGAAACGUUUGUCCAGAACAGACGAGGGCCGGCGCAAUAGGCUGAAGGAGGAGGAAGACGAAGGAGAGGAGGAGGACGAGGAGCAGGACGAGGAGGAAGAGCGGAGCAGCCGCCGGAGCGAGCGCAGCCCCGGACCCCUGCGAGCCACGCCCGCCUCUCUGGAGAGCGACCAAUCGCUGGGCAGCUCCCCGCGGGCGGGGCCCAGCAGUGAGGGGGGCGGAAGCGGGGACGGCGGCCCAGAGAGGACCCCUCCGACCCGCACGUCGCGGGUGUCUGCGCACCCUCACCCGCACCCCCACUCCCAACCCCAGGCCCAGGCCCAGCCUCACCCCGGCCAGCCACAGUCCAGAAGGAGGCGGAGGCUGCCUAACCGUGAGCUGAGCAGCGAGCUGAGCAAAGAGCUGAACCUGGAGAUCCAGCGCACGGAGGACACGCUGGCCAACGAGAACCGCCAGCCGCUGCGGGGCGACCCGGGCGACGGGCCCGACAACGAGGACGAGGCCAGCGAGAACGAAGAGCCCAAGCGGCCCUACCGCAACGGGACUGGCGGCAACCUACUGGGCGGCCUAAGAGACGGACGUGCCGGGGAUCUGGAUAGAGUGGGUGGGGGCGGAGGAGGGGAGAGGCCGCACCUGCGCGCUCGGGAGAUGAACGGCACGCCGUGGGAGCUGCGCCACUUCUACGGCCCACCGCAGAUCACGCCGCUGGGCUUCAACCGCAGCUCGCCUGCCGUGAGGCCACCGCCGCCGCGCUCGCCGCCCAAGUGUGUGCAGAUGGAGCGGCACGUCAUCCGGCCGCCACCCAUCAGCCCCCCGCCCGAGCGCCUGCCACUAGCAGACGGACACAGCCACGUGGCACAGCGCGAGGCCUGGUUGGCCAUCUUCAGUCACAUGACACAUCAGGAUCUGUGCGUCUGCAUGCGCGUGUGCAAGACAUGGAACCGUUGGUGCUGUGAUAAGAGGCUGUGGACACGUAUCGAUCUGAACCGCUGCAAGUCCAUCACUCCUCUGAUGCUGAGCGGAAUUGUACGCCGACAGCCUGCCACUCUGGACCUUAGCUGGACCAACAUCUCCAAGAAACAACUCAGCUGGCUUAUCAACAGGCUACCAGGUCUGAGGGUGCUGCUCCUGUCGGGCUGCUCAUGGGUGGCUGUAUCGGCUCUUUGCACCUCCUCCUGUCCUCUGCUCAGGACUCUGGACGUCCAGUGGGUGGAGGGCCUGAAGGACGCCCAGAUGAGAGACCUGCUCUCCCCUCCCACCGACAACCGCCCAGGUCAGAUGGACACGCGCAGUAAGCUGAGGAACAUUGUGGACCUGCGUCUGGCGGGUCUAGACAUCACAGACAGCUCCCUGAGGCUCAUCAUCAAGAACAUGCCCCUGCUGUCACGACUGGACCUCAGCUACUGCAACCACAUCAAUGACCAGUCCAUCAACCUAUUGACCGCCGCCGGCACCACUACCAGAGACUCCCUCACCGAGGUCAACCUGUCUGUGUGUAACCGAGUGACAGACCAGUCGCUGACUUACUUCAAGCGCUGUGGCAGCAUCUGCCGGAUCGACCUUCGAUUCUGCAAGCAAGUGACAAGACAGGCGUGCGAGCGCUUCAUCGCCGAGAUGUCAGUCAGCGUGCCGUUCGGCCUGCGCGAGGACAAGCUGCUGCAGAAGCUCAGCUAGUCCGUCACGUUCGGGGACGUUGUAAGCAAAAACAAUAAGGCAAACAAACCAUAAACCACCAAAACUCAACCCCCACUUUGCACUAAAAUUCAUAAAGAAACACUUGCAUAUUUGGGUGGAUGUCAGAACAUUUUGUUGUGUUUGGAUUUGUUUUGUUUGUGGUAAUUUAGUUGGAAGGGCCGGCCUCUGAGUGUGGAUGGGAUGAGAAGUUAUUGGUUUGGGCAAAGUUAAGCUGUCGAAUAAAAUAACAGCAGAUGGGGACAAUUACACAUAAUCAGACAUGGUGUUCAGGCAUACCGAUAAGCCCACAGGACAUACAGAGGAGGAAGGCUCGAGAUCCCUCGGCUGGUCCCACCAAGGAGGCGGCGCCCCUCCCUGGCAACAGUGUUUUUCUGUGCAGACAAACCCAGCAUGAGGGUGUUUGUUGUUUGUGCUGGUGAGGCCUUUUUUGUACAAAAAAGGAGUAUAAAAAUCAUGUCGUAAGAUUUCAGGUUGUGUGAAAUCACCUUUUUUUUUUGUUAUUUUUGCUAUGUUCAAAAGUUGCAUUUUUAUAUAUACAUAUAAAUAUAUAUAUAUAAAAUGAUAAUAACGUAAAACUCAUUAUUCUCUGUUGCCUCAGUAUGUUGUUUUUGUUCUUCUCUGUAUGUAUACGGUAUUGAAUGCACUCCAGGACGGCCAUCUAAGGUCAUUACAUUUCUUCUUUGAGACCACACUCCUCUUUCUUGCCUUCUUGUCUGUUGCUUUCGAGGUGUUCUAGUAUAUUCUGAGUGUUGUGCCCUAGCUUGUUACAGUGUUGAGGUCUUAUUUCAUUACAGUGCCAUGUGCCACAUUACCCAUCAUGCUUAGCCCUCACACCCUUUGCUGGCUUAUGGAAGUGUAUGUGUGUGUGUGUGUACAUACCCAUACACUACAGCCAUGACCCCUAAAGGGUCACUACACACAUUCAAACAGUGUUUCACCAUGGGAAAAUGGUAGUGGUGGAUAUUCCUGAAUCGUGCAGACAUUCAUAGAUGCAUUGGUAUUCAGGGGAACGGACAUUAAUUACUGAAAGAGAACUGCCAGCCCUGGAUGUCUGUUUGACUGGAUCUGUCUUCAUGUGUUGGUGGUUUAGGGUUUGCACUUAUGUCAAUAUUAAUAUUAAUGUGUUAGACAGACACAAACCCUAUUUCAGUCAGACACAAACCCUAUUUCGGUCAAACACAAACCCUAUUUCAGUCAGAUAUAAACCCUAUUUCUUACCACCUAGUUCAGGUUGUAGCCAUGUAGUCCUGGGCCAAUUAAGAUGAAUGUGGAGAUGGUUCACUUCAGAUAGUAACUAUACAGCAGAGGUUUAGAGAAUACUGAGCUAUUAUUUUAAUGAUGAAGAAUUAACUAAAGAUGGUUAUUGUUGCAAUCAUAAUAAUGAUUAUUAUAAUUUACUAUUAUAGUGCUCUGAAUUUUUCUCAGGAUCUUCAGACCAGGGAAGUGAGUUUGUGCCAUCUGGUUAAUUUUUUGUUUAAAAACCACUUUAAAUUAAAGUUAUACACACUUCCACACACCACCAUGUACAUUUGGCUAUUUAUAUUUGUAAAUUCUUAAAAAAGAAACUGAGAUGAAUGUGAUUAAAUGUAUAUUUCUCUGA